ACGGUGAUUGUAUUCUCUUUGACAUUUAUAUUUUAUUGUAAGUUAAAAAACGGAGUUAAUUGUUUUUCUGAUUUCACUCUUUUUAAAUUACGUUCUCUCAAAAUAUUCUACCAUUAAGCCUAUCUAAGGAAAUCAUCUUACUUAGUUGCGAGACCAAAAUGACUUUCCAAUCUCCAAUGCCGAGUCGAGAAUUCCUGUGGGACAUCUUUAGAAGAGUGGACAAAGACAGAAGUGGCUACAUAUCUGCUGAUGAACUGCAACAAGCACUUUCAAAUGGUACAUGGAAUCCAUUUAAUCCAGAAACAGUAAGACUGAUGAUUGGCAUGUUUGAUAAACAAAACAGAGGUGUUAUAUCAUUUGAAGAUUUUGGAGCACUUUGGAAAUAUGUUAGUGAUUGGCAAAACUGCUUCCGAUCAUUUGAUCGCGACAACUCUGGAAACAUAGAUAAAGUGGAGUUAAAGAAUGCUCUUACUGCUUUUGGCUACAGAUUAUCUGAUGAAGUUGUUAAUAUAAUGGUACAGAAAUUCGAUAGAUUUGGAAGAGGAACAAUACUUUUUGAUGACUUUAUUCAAUGCUGCAUAACUUUAUAUACUCUAACUUCAGCUUUUCGACAGUAUGAUACAGACCAAGAUGGUGUGAUAACCAUACACUACGAGCAGUUUCUAAAAAUGGUGUUUGGACUAAAGUGUUGGCCGUAACGCCGUGCCUCAGAUAACCAGCUUAAAGGUUUGGCCAAAUGCGUACCUUAAGACCAAUAUUCAUUUAUUUUUUAUUUUUUUACACACUGAGUUUUAUUGCAUUUAAUUUUAUUUUAAUUCUUUCAUUUUCAAUAUCAGUUUGUUCAUAUGGUCAUUUUAAUUUAAGGUCACAAAUAAAAUUUCAAAUAAUCAUAUAAUAUUUUAAAAAUGUUGACUGCCUUGUACAAGAGCUUUUUUUAAAUAAGAGUAUACUGUACUUACAAUUAUAAAAUACUUUAAACCAUUUCGAAUUUACUUUAAUGGUAAAAUUUCCAUUCAAUAUAAUAAGAAUAAACUAAUUUUAGUUUAUUCUGAAUAUUUUUUUAAUUAAAAUGUGCAGUUCUCCACAAGGCAGGCUUAACUGUUUUAACUUGAAAAGAUAAACUGUCUGCUGUGUGUUUCUCUAUGUGGCAUGUACUCUGCAUUGGUAUAUUGUUUAUGUGCCAAUUAUGCAUUAUAUAUAUUUAAAAUAUCUAUGUAAUAGAUUAUAAAUGUAGGUGUUGCAUGUUAAUUGUUUGUCCUUGUUCUAUCUUUACUUACUGCAAGCAAAUACUUUAUUUAUAAAUAAUUUUAUUUUAUAUAUAUUAUAUUUGAUGUCUUCUGAGGCUAUUAGUGGUUAGUGUACUUUUAUUAUAAUUUUUUGUUAAAUUUAAACAAAACUAAAAAUAAUUAACACUAAUGGUACCUAGGCAUUGAAAAUAUAAUAUAUCACUAAUUAUUUUAGUGAGUCCACAACAAAAGACAAAAACUGUAAUAGACUAUAUAUUUUACUUAUAACCAAUUAAGCUUAAAAUGUUAAUUAUGUUUUGAGUAACUAUUUCAGAUUUAAUAUUGUAUACAUUCUACUAUAUAUAUAUUUAUUGAAAUCUUUGUCAUGGUUAAAGUUUGCUCAAAUUAAAGAAAUAAAAAAAUUGGGCUCAAUGUCUAUCAGAACAUAUUCAGCUUUAUUAUAUACAUUUUUUUAAUUUCAUAAUUGUAUACAAAAUAUGCAAUCUGAAAUUAAAUGUAUAUUUCUGUAUUUUAUGUAUAAUGUAGAAUCGAGU